AUGGAAGAUCUCGAGCGCCGCCAACAGAGAGAACGUGAAAAACAUAAGCGCCAGCAAGUGCAAAGCGUCGGCCGCGAGUAUGCCCUCUUUCCAGAACCACGGCGGGUCAAUCCGUCCGAGGUUGAUGACGAUAUCACCGCUAAAUUAGGCGACCAUUCCAAAGCUAUUGAGUUUAUGAAUACGGACGCGGUCGGUGUACAACCUUCCUCUAACAAUGCCCUGCUCACCAGUCAUAUACAAACAAGUGCCUCCUCCUCUUCAACUGGCGGCAGUGGUGUCAACAGCGCACCCAUGCUCGUCAACUCAUCGUCCUCUUCACAGCGCCCGCUGACUUGUCCAUCUGGCUCGCAGCAGCCUCAACAGUCAUCACAACAAACACAUCACUAUCAACAGCAAGCACAACAGCAACUGCGCCAAACACCUUAUCUUAAGCCAGCUGACAACAAGCCACCAUAUAACGGAAGAGGGGGUUUUCCUGGUCAACCGGUGAAAAAUGAUUUGCGCUCAAGCAGUGGAAUGGCGCCACCAAAAGGCCCACCUCCGCUGCUACCGCCACCAACUUCGACACUAAACACUGUUAGCAGUGGCGGAACCAACAAUUGCAGCAAUAGUAGCUCGAACGCACCGACAACACUGCUGCCACCGCCUCCAAAUGGAUACCUAGGUCCGCCAAAAUCGACGGCACCAUUGCACAAUGGACGCUUCUCCAAACCAUUACCGAAAUCAAUCAACGAUAUCAUCUCCAAAGUGGACCAGACGUAUCGGGCGCCUGAACAAAUAACGAAAAUUGCUGCCACCCCUCGCACCACUAUUGGCGAGUACAAUCUCAAUGGUCCGAAUCGGCAUAAAUAUUCUAUAGGGCCAAUACAACCUAUUUUGGGAUCACCACCUUCCGGGGCGGAAUUAUUGCAGAGCGCGGUCCCACCACCAAUAACACCAAUCUCAGCUCUACCGGCAACGCCAAAUCCACAAGCUAUGCCAAACGCUGAUGCGAUAACAACCACUGGUAGUAGCAGUUCAUUAGCAACUUCGUCUACUAUGACUACUACGACAACAGCGGCUCUUACAACGGCCGUACCAACGCAGAAUAUACUGAAUGCAUCGCCAGGAACGUCAAAUGUCAAGCCAGUUUUGUCAAUGUCAAAGGAGCCUUUGAAACCAUUAUUAUUGGCUAACAAAGUGGGGCCAACAUUGGAGAAGCAAAGUUCCACAUUGGAAAAUGAUUUGGAACUUUCAGAAUCAGAUGAAGAUCGCAAAAAACAAAGCCACUCAAUGCAUAAUUCCAGCGAUAGUUCACCUUCAGAUUCCAGUGAAUCUGGCAGCGAGGAGUCCUCGAAAAGUGAGCGUCAACAGCCUCCUAACUCCUUACGUUUGCAACAAUCCAUAGCACAACAACAGAAAUUGCACACACAUCACCCACUUCAGAAUCAGCAACAUGUGCAACAGCAACAGAUACUACAACAAACGACGCAGUCUAUAGGACGCGCAGGCGUAGGCAAAGCUGUAAAUGAUAAAUCGAAGUUGAUCGAACCCCUUGGCAGCGGCCGAUCAAGCAUUUAUCUGAGUAACAAUGCAUUGGGCUCUGGGAACUCAUCCAAUUCCGGUCCCAGCUCCACUUCCUUGUCUGCCAAUAAGACGCCAUCACCAUCGGAAUCAAGUAAAUGGCACCUGAGUCGGUAUUUCAAUAAAAAGCCUGCGCAAGCCCAGAACGAAACAACGCCACCAGCGAAUUCGCUAGUCGUCAAUUCAAUUAAUGUUAGCAUGGAUGAACCAACUCUUUUGCCUGGUGGUGCUCAAAUUAUUCCGGAGGCGACGCAGUCGCAACCUAACCCGGCGAUCGUAAAACAUGAGGCAGCCAAUUAUGGAACAGCAAAGAAAUACUCAGCGCGGAGUGAUGAUGACGAUGAAGAAAUUGGAGGAGUACGAAGAAGCUGUGAUGCACGUGGAAUUUCAUCGAAUGCUUGUGGAUUAAAGUCAAGUAUAGGUGGUGGUAUUCCGGCGCUGUUGAAUGAAAUCAAAAAAGAAUCCGAUGUGCUUUAUCCCAGUUCAUUAUUAAAGACUGGCUCUUCUGGUAGUGUGCAGACUCAUUUGCAUAUCGGGUCUCAACAGCAACAGCAACAACAAUCACAGGUGCCCUUGCUAAACGCUGCCGAGUUUGUUGCAAUACCAACGAGCCAAAUUAAACACGAAGUUUCGGGCUUGUCGACAGCUACAACAACAACUACGAUGGCGCCAAUGUCACUUGCUGGUGGUACGACAACUGUAACACCCUACAACACCUGCGGUAAUGUCAGCGGUAGCGGACGGAGACGCACUCCCUCUGUGUCACCGCACAUGCGCAAUAGUGGUACAACCGGCCCAAAAAGUGGGGAACUUGCACGUGUUAGCCGCUUGUCUGCGCCUUCCAGUGAUGGUCCGACGUCGAACACCACCGACGACGAAGACAAUGGUACACCACCUACUAGGCAAACUGUACCAACACUGGGCCCAGGUGGCACUUUGAAGAUUCCAGGUGUACCUGCUGCUAUUACUGCUUUGCCGCCUUCACCCCCGCAACCAUUAGCACCGGCACCUACACUUCCCAAUUCAAUAACUGUUCUCCCCAUCGACCCCCUCCCGACAACGGUGUCAACACGUAGACGGAAAAAACCUAGAAUUUCAGCAGCUACAGUCUCAACUCAUCUGGAUACGAGUGAUGAAGAAGGCAUAGCACCAGCAAAUGCACCUUUUAAAAGUGCUGGUGUUACAGUGAGUCCGGCAGCACUGCGAGCAGCUGCUGGGCCGGGUGGAAAGUUAUAUGCGGAACCAGUGCCUGCAGUAGCAGCGAAAAAGGGACCUGGUCGGCCACGCAAAAUUGCAAGCAGUGGAACGACCGCUUCUGCAUCAACUGCCGUUUCAAAGGGACCAACCCUUACAGCGAAAAAAGAUAUGUUAAAUAGUGUUCCCGUGAUAACUAAGAAGUCUGCUACAAGACGGAGAGGCUCGAGGCAGAAUUCUAGUUCGGCAACGACAGCAACAGCGACGAAAAUGCCAGCACAAACACAGCAGCCCGACAUAACAGCACCACGGGCACCGAUCCUUGAUUCCUCCUCAUCGUCUUCUACGUCCUGUUCAACGUCGAAAUCAUCCAGUUCUUCUUCAGAUUCAGAGGAAGAAGAGGGUGUGAUAAGUGGUUCGUCAUCCGAUGAUGAAGACGAAGACGCCGGUACAGGCGCUAUAUCGGCCAAACGCAAUCUAACAGCGCGACCAACAGCGGCAGCAGCGAUUUCGUCGGCAACGGCGGCGGCUAUAGCGACGAAUACUUUACCAGUAGGAACUAGUCGCAUUAUUGUACAACUAAAUAAACGUAAAUCCUCGCAUGAAGACAUGACAUCUGCAACUGCUACGUCAGUGUCAACAAGUGUGGGAAAGGCAAGUGGAAUGUUAAAAUUAUCAAAUAGUAGUAAGCGCAGACGUCCUACACCACAAUUCGCGCACCAUGAUGAACAAGUCGUGAGUGGUGAGGACUCUUCGGAUUCCGGAUCUGGCUCCGACGAUAGUUCUGUCAGCAACUUUGUUGCAGCAACAUCGAACAAUAAUGUAAAUGUGGUGCCAGCAGUGUGUACUGGGAAUGUCAGUGGCGGUAGUUCACAUCGCUCACAAAACUUGCAAUCUCCAUAUAAAGUGCCGAAUUUAGCAGCCCCUGUCUCUAGUUCUUCUUCCAGCUCAAACAGUGGGACAUCUUCCUUCUCAGGCAGUAGUAGCGGCGGCGAACAUUCUGAUAUAGAACGUAGUGCGACUUCUAGUAAUCGUGUUAAGGGCAAACAUUCAAAGACUGGCGUUAAAGCCUCUACGUGCGCCAGCAGCACCUCGAGCGGUACACGCCUGCGUCGUGACAAACCGAAGGCGAGUGACAAGAACAAAAAUGUAACGCUAACGCGCAUUUUCAAUCCCAAAGAAGGUGGGGCAAAAAAACAAGGUCAGGUGCUGGUCAUCGACCAGUCUAGUGGUGAGCUGGGAGGAGAGCAACAACAACAAAAGUUGAUUUCCCCCAACGCGGGGGGUUAUAGGACAACUGCUGCCGUUGCAUCAGCUGUACCAACUAGCCAAGAGCAUUAUGUUGCAGCGUCCACUACCGCACAAUCACCACGACUCACACCUGGACACAUGAAAUCACCAAGAGCUAUUUCACAACUCACGGCUGCUAGCGCGCAUCGUACACCUGAUCGAAGUAGUCGCAGUAGCGCUGAACGUAAAGUUCAUCAACAGCGUAUCAAGACGCCUUCAUGUACUCCGACUCGUACUCCACCUGCUACGCGUACGCCUACACCCACACCCACUCCGGCAGGCUUACUGUCGGCACCCACUGCCUCACCCAUACGAACUACAGCAAUGUUAACUUCGAAUAUUCCGUCAUUAAUCUGUAAAGUGGAUUUAUCACGGCUGCGUCGAAUUUUGCCCGAAUGGCGUGCAAACACUUAUCGGCUUUCCAAUGUAGGCGCUGGCUCGUCUGCUACAUCUCGUUGCGCACAUCACGAAGCGAUACUAAAUGCUGAUUUACAAGCAACAACAAUUCGUAUUGCAGCUGGUGGCAGCGGCAGUGUGACACCACACAGCACUGGCAACCGAACGCCAACAAUACCCCACGCCCCACCCGAUCGGGAACUCUCGCGAUCAAGGGAAAGCUUGAUGGGAAUUAAUGUUGGUGGGGGAAAACAAAGACUGAGCACACUGCAUUCUAAUAGGCGACUGAGCAGUCGCUCAACUGAUGGCGGCGGUAGUGGAGAAACAACCCCUAAAGAGCAGCCACAACUUACGCCAAACGGUUAUUCAUCAAAGACUGCUCCAACGGUGGAAGCUGAAGGCAAUAAUUCGCCAUCGACGAAGCAGUUGCUCAAGCAUGAGCAAUUGAUUAAAAACGAACCAGGCGCUGAGCUUGAUAGCACACCCGUGGCAGCAGCUAACAAGGGUGACGCCUACGGCAGCGAAACUAAAUUUAAAACAACCAACUCAGUAAAACAAGAGGUGCUUCUUCUUAAACAGGACUCUAAGCUCGGUCUGCCUCAUUCAAAUGACUAUGUGGGCAUUGAGAAGCAAGAUGGGAAUAAUGCUUCGCCUAUAUCACAUCUGCGUGUAAGUGACAUUAUAGACAACAAAUCGCAACGGCGUAAGCGGAGUGCCAGCUCCAGCCCGUAUAAAGAGAAAAAACGGAAAAAGGAGAAAACUGAUAAGUAUUCCAAAGAGGGCAAGGAGAUGAAAGAGGGUAAGGAAAGUGGCGUGUUGACAACACCAACCACAAUGGCAGCGACGUGCAAAGAAAAAGAAAUAGACAAGGACGUUGGCAAGCUUUUACCCGCUGUGGCUACUAUUGAACGUGAUAUUGGAAGUGGCGCUAUUAGCAGUCUUUCUAAUGCCAACGAUACGAGUCGGCGUGCAAUCGCUAUAAUCCCGCCGCUGGGCAUGAGCAACAAUGGACAAAUGGAGAAGGAGCAUCAGCACUUGGACAGUCGUCAAUUGUCUCACACAAACCAUGAUCGGUUACUGGUACCGCGUCAAAUUCAUCAGCAGCAACCGCUUGCUAAUGCCACUGCUUCUAAUUCUUCAAAUAGUCCUGCGCAUCUACAAACAGCUGGCAAUAACUUAAAUACGGCGCCGAUCGCAGAGUCAAAUUCAGGCAAUGUGCUGCCUUCGGGCAGCGGCGCCGUGCCAUUAGCUCCACCGCCACAAGUCAUAUAUAGAUCAUACUUUGAACGUGACGAUGACGGACUAUGUGAUGAUAUAAGUGAAAACUCGAAGUUCCUGCAGGAAGCCGUUAAACGCAAACAUGCUGCCGAUAAGGAACAAAAUCUAUUCAAUCAAGUAACGCUGUAUUUGGAAGCGGUCAUAUACUUCUUGCUUUCCAGUGCCGGGUUAGAGCAGCAUCGAAACUCCGAAGAAUCGAGUUGGGUUAUGUAUAAGGACACAUUGAACUUAAUUAAAUUUAUUUCUUCAAAGAUUAAGCAUUUGCAGGUAUCAUCAUCCGCCAAUGAACUGCACGAACCUCACAACAAAGUUGCAAUCUUAAGUCUACGUUGUCAAUCCUUAAUCUCACUAAAACUAUAUAAAAUGAAGCGGCACUAUUGUCGUAGCAUAAUCAAUCAUUGCAUGGAGAUAUUUAAAAGUGGUCGCACGGAAAUACUCAAUGGAAAUACGCCAUCGUCAAACUCGCCGUCAAACUCAGUUUGCUCACAGGUAGAAGGUUUACAUACAUAUGGUUCUGGAUCGAAUACGCCUCCUGGACGUAGUAUGCGUCCAGAUAUGCAUACCACACUAAGCCACCAAAAUUUAUACUUCAAUUACUUAGCCAAUUGUCACGACUUGUGGGAUCAAGCCGAUCGCCUGGUGCGGCAGGGUAACCAUACUGAUUUCUUUAUUGCAUUGGAUCACGAAAAUGGACCGUUGACCCUGCACAGUUCCAUGUAUGACCUGUUUCGAUAUGUACAGUCGGGUCUGAAGAAGCUAAAGAGCGCAAAUACCACCAUAACCACAACGGCUAUAACUACAACCAGCGGCGGUGGCAGUAGUGGUACGGUUACGGGCAUUACCCUUACCUCUGCUACUAGUACUGCUGAGGCGAUUAGCACUAGUAACACCUCCUCAAUCAAUAAAUGCAACAUUGUAAUGUGUUGCCCGAGCCAUUACACUGACUGCCCAACAAAGCCGGCGCUGACAAUUAAACUGCAGCAGACUGCGCGUACAGUUGAAUAUCUUAAACCUUUUUAGUUUAAAAUGAAUAGUAUCAUACAAAUAUAUAUAGCUACAGCUCAUUGGUAGGCGGUAAAUAUCUACUAUUUUUGUAAAUUCUACUAAAGCAUGAAAGUUACUAUAUGAAGGCAAAUAUACGAGUAAGUGUCAAGCAGUUUCCGCUUGUUUUUCAUCGGAGGAAUUUUUAAAGAAAAAGUGUUAUAUUUUUACCUCUACAGUUAUUAAUAUUACUAUUAUUUUUUAUUACUGAAUCGUUUAGUUAAAUGUCGAAAAUAAGAGAAUAUCAGUUUGUUUUUAUAUACAUACAUGUAACUAAAUGUAACACCUUAAAACGAAUUAUGAAAAUUCUGCAAAAUUGUAAAAAGAAGUUAAUUAGAAGACGCAAAUGCAUUUUUAUUUUAAUUUGAAGAGAAGGAUAUUUUGUAUGCUUGGCUAAGCUAUUAUUAUUAUUUUUUUUUUUUUUUGUUGCACGAUUGUUGACCUCUCUAAAUCGGUUCACUUUACAAAGGAAAACAAUGUGUUUCUGUUAUUAACAUAAAUCUUGUAAAUAGUGUGCAUAUUUGUAAAACGCAAGAGUAAUGAAUGUUAUUAUGCUAUUGCUGUUUUUAUUAUUAAACAAUGUUAUUUUAAUCUAUUUAUAAAACAAAUAAAUACUGAGGUAAAAAAAAUAAUAAAAUCGGAAACGUUGAUUGGCAAAUUAUCGGUAAAACAUUGAAAUAUUUAAUUUUCUUUUUUUUCUGCUUACACACAUACCCUCACUACUACAAAUCACGCACUUAACUUAGCCCGAAGUCUAUCGAUUUUCGUAUAAUUCCUCUUAGUUCAUUUACAGUGGAUUUGAAAUUAAAUCUUUUUUUUUUCUUGUGGACAUUACAUAAUGUCAUUUCUUAGUGUCUCUGUUAUAGAACGUUUUGUUCGUUUUUGUUCCUGUUUAGACUAAAAUUUCUUGUUUUCUUACUCACCUACAUUACAAUACCAGCAAAGAUAUGUAAUUAACCUUAUUAAUCUUGUUUUAAGCAAAACUAACAUGCAUAAAGAGUUAACUACUUAUAUAUAUUAACAGGUAAAAGUGCGUAUGCAGUCGACAUGUCACUAAAUAUUUAGAAAUCAGAGACAACAAUUACAAUUCAAGAAAUAAAUUUAUCAACACCAUUUGACAUACAUAAUUAAUUUAA